AACAACCUGCGUCGGGAAGCUGGGGGAGAGAGAUGGCGACGGCUCAGCCAAUGCUGGAGAAAGAGAGCGAUGAUUGCUCUUUGCUUCCUUUAGUUCACGAUAUUAUCAAAUGCAUGGACAAAGACAACCAGGAUGUACUCCAAGAACUUGCUAAACUGAAGACGAAGAUCCAGGAGGCUCGGGAACAGAUCUCCAACAUGCCGGGGAUAGACAGCAGUCCGCUGGAGCAGCAGCAGCAGCUGGCCACGCUACGCGAGCAGGUCCGCACCAAGAACCAGCUGCUGCAGAAAUAUAAGAGUCUGUGCAUGUUUGAUGUGCCAAAAGCGUCAUGAAACUAAAGACUUGAUAUCUGAACUACAUGGAGAAAGAGAAUGGAUAAGGGAGGAGGUGUGAUUCAGGAACACGGGAUGGACGUUUAAAUAAUGAAGGGCAUACUUUUUCUCAAUUGUGUCAGACUGCAACAUAUUUUUGGAACUUGUCUUUGUUUUUGUGUUGCCAGAGUGCAGAUUUGGUUAUAUAGUGUUUGUAUUAAAUGGGGAUUUUCACUUUUUUUAUCCUGCGAUAUUGAUACUUUGUAAUAAAUUGCUUUUUUAUUA